CACCUUUAUAAUACACACUUCACUUUAACUUACCAGUGUCAGCAAAGAUUCCAACCCUCCAACCAAUCUCUACUAGUAUUAUUUUUUUUUCCCAAUAUAUUUAUAUAUAACUACCCUUCUCCUUCUUACACCAACCGGUACGGCACUAUAUCGCCGCCGGUGGUACCCCAUCUCCGCCCUUCCACCUCCCCAAUCCCAAGUAAGCAUAAACAAAAGGAAAGAGAACCCACAUUUCUCCUUCAUUUACCUACCAAAUACCAACAUAUCUGAAUUCAAUUAUCAAAAUUAAGAAUCUUUUUUGCUCUGCUAUGUGGGUUACAGACUAAAGGGGAGCUGGAAUUUCUUCUGUCCAAGAUGCCGUGUUGCAAGAAUUCAGUCAAAUGUGGUCGUGGAUCGGUUCCAGUGUACUUAAAUGUAUACGAUCUAACCUCAAUGAAUGGCUAUGCUUAUUGGCUUGGUCUUGGUGUUUACCAUUCCGGUGUUCAAGUUCAUGGAGUUGAAUAUGCAUUUGGAGCUCAUGAGUAUCCAACAACUGGAAUUUUCGAAGGGGAGCCGAAAAAAUGCGAGGGAUUUAUUUUUAGAAAGACCAUUUUAAUUGGAUGGACAGAAAAGACACCUGGAGAAGUAAGAGGAGUAAUGGAAGAGCUUGCUGAUAAGUACAAAGGAAUUGCUUACAACCUUAUUACCAAGAACUGCAACCACUUUUGUAAUGAUGCUUGUAUUAAACUCACCAGUAAUCCAAUUCCCAGUUGGAUUAAUCGACUCGCUCGGAUUGGUUUCUUUUGCCAUUGUAUCAUUCCAAUGAGCUUAAAGUCUACUAAAGUUCGGCAUCAUCGGAUGGAGGACAAGGUAAGUGAAGGGGACAGCAAGAAACCUCAGAGCAGCUCGAAUAGUCAGACUCCCACUUCAAAUCCAUUGCCAGUUUCUUCGCAAUCUCCUCCAAUUGCCAAAUCCACAAGUAAUAAAAGCAAAAGCUCGCUGCCUCCAUCUUCGCCAUUGAUAUCAGAUUCAACGUUGCCGUCGUCGCAAUCUCCUCCGAUUGCCAAAUCCACGAGUAAUAAAAGCACAAGACCGCAACCUCCAUCUUCGUUGAUAUCAGAAUCAAGUUCAUCAUAGAAUUCCUUGAUGCAGCAUGGCCAUGCUUUAUUUGAUUCACCAGUGAUUCUUUUGCUCGUUGCUUCAAAAUGGAGUGAUUACAACCACUCGAGAAGCUUCACAAAUUUUGUAUCCAAAAAUGCUUUCAAUUAACUGGGAUCGACCUUUCUUUGUGCAGUGAAA